UCUCUCAAUAUCUGCUUUUGGUGUCCCACGGUAACAUCUACGAGCGUCAAUCUAUUGCUUAUUGAAUCCCCCCCCUUCUAACCUGGUCAACCCAUCUCGUCUGACUCCCUCGAGAGAGCUCGAUUAAUAUGGCCAAGUUUCGGUUGGACAACCCUGAACAAUUCAUCAGCCUAGUUAACUUGCUAUCCCUGCGCAACGGUGGCCAGCUUCAACCGAGCAAGAAGGAAGAGGAGGAACAUGAAGACAAUGAUGUUUGUGCGGACGACGAGUCGACCGUUUGGGGUGGUAAGGAAGAUGAAUUCAAGCAGCGCUUUUUAGACAGGUUCGCGGAGAUCAUGUCUAGAGACAAGGGCGGAAAACAUGUCUGCUGCGUAGCGCUCCGCGAGUCUGGAGAUCAACGCCUCGAGGAGGACGUCAAGAUUUCUUUGUUAGUUGCUCGUAAUGCUAAUUUCAAGAAUCUGGACGAGAAUUUCCGUCGCAGGCUUGAAAAGCUGCUUGCCACUAUCGGUACAUCUGUUUCCGGACAGCAAAACGGUAGGCCCGUUCUUCUCUGCAUCCAUAUCAGACUUGAUGAUUCAUGCAUCCUAGAUAUAUCUGCGGUCAAAAAUGAGCUCUGGGAGGAACUGUUGUGUUAUAACCAACCUCGCCUCGAUUUUUAUGCAGAUAGCUUACGAGCCAAUUUGAAAGCGUUCAAAGCGGCUGGAUCCCUGGACAGCAUUCCUCAUUACAGCCCUCGGCUACCACAGGAUGAUGAUUCUGAACACAAAUUUUUCUGCGACGACUCUUGCAUUGGCCCGUACUCAGAGGCUACUCAUGACGACUACAUGAAGCUUGCACAGAAGCAUAUCCUCGAACUUGAUGCUAUUUUUUGCACUGGAAACAGAGCGACUCAGCGGCGCCUUCUCGUUGAGCAUACCUAUUCCAUCCGGCAUAUGACAUUUCUCAGGAUAUUUAUCAAUUCCGGUCCUAAGGUUUCCAUUGGGCGUGGGCUUCUCUCGGACAUCCUCUUCUUGGGCCGUCUGAGGUCCUGCUAUUAUACGCUCAUGGAAGCGGCGCUCAAUCUACCAGGAUUUUCCGGUCUAUCCAUCAUUUUUGUGAAGAGUUCCCCACAUCGUACCUGUCCAGCCACUUUGCCGCCUUUGACAGAUGCGAUCAAGUUCUUGGGUCAGACCUUGAAUCCGACCUUUGUUAAGAAAUUCAUCAGCGAAAAGUCCGGCGUUAUUGGUGCGGAACGCGCUUUCAAAGAGCUUCAGAAUAACAUCUCUCGGCAACAUCUCCCGACUCAUGCAGAGCUUCAACUUGUUGUUCACAUCAUAAAGACAAUGGAUAUCAAGACCGUGGACAAGGAAAUUUACCCAUACAUUGGAUGCAGCAAGUUAUCCUGCUUUCUCUGUGCAGCAUUCCUUGAGAGCUUCAACCACGAUGGCAUUACGUUCAGGACUCGCGGGGGUCACGGCAAAAUCUACACGCUGUGGUCCAUCCCGGACAUAGGUGGGGUUUUUGAGGACAUGGUCACCGCCCUCCAUUCCGCGUUGAAAAAGAUGCAGAACCUCCUAGUUGACGAGAUGAUGAAGGCUAUUACGACCACUCCUCAUGUCGCCGAAUCAACGGCUGCAGUUACGGAUUAUAAUCACCAGUCGUCUUUCGUCCGUCGACGUGAACUUGGUUUCAGUAUAAUGGAUUUAAUCAUGAAUUCUGACCCAGUCAAAGAAGUUGAAACCGUUGAAGCCACUGAAACCUACGAUAUACCCAUAGCUUCGGAGUGCCACAAAACUCCAGAGCUCUCUGGAGAAUGUGAAAAGUGCGAACGCGAGACUACGAGGAAGUGCUCUAAAUGUCGCGGACCGUGGCUGUGUAGUGAACGCUGCGAGAACGAGUGGGACUCCUAUAGACAUACUUUCAAGUGUGCCAUAGGUCGACCUCUCGAUACUGCCGACUACCUCGUCCGGGCUUGCUGUACAGACUGGCUCGAUGACCUUGAUGAAGACACCAAAGAAGAUUUCGGAUUCACAAAGUUUGCGUCGGCCUACGAUUCAACCAAACUCUUUGGCCUGUACUCCUUUCUGGUCCGCUUUUUGAAGGUCGGAAGCCGGGAAUUGCACAAGUGGCAAAUUGAGGGCACGCUGACUGAAAAUAUCAUAGCAAAGCAUGAAACCAUGACCAACUACACUCCUGGCGCGUACUAUGCAUGGUUCCGCCAGAAUUUGCACAUCUUCAACUCCCAAGGUGGACCCCCCGACAUGUUAGCGGUUGCCAGACCAUACCUCGAUCCAGCGGAUAGGGAGAAGAAUCCCCACCAGUUAAUCCCAGAAGCGAAACGCAAGUCGUUCUUGUUGUAUGCUAUUCUGUUGAACGGGUACCAUCCAUAUCCCACUUCGAAGUCUGAUAAUAUGAACGGCGACCUCUAUGUCGAAUUCGGCUUCGUAACCUGCUGCGACUACGAAGGCGAACAGGUGUUGUCCCAGGUGUACAGGAGACUCAUCUCUCAAUGCUCUUUCGCGGAGUUUUGGAUUGCAUUUCAAUCCAACAGCCUCGUCGCGUUGAUGGAUGCAAAGGGGCUUGAACCAGAACGAAAGCAAGUCCGGAAUCUCGAGGCCUUCGAGUUCGGAUGCGAUGUGCGCCCUAGUGUAUGGUACCUCAAACUCUUCAUUAACUCCCCAGAUGUGGAUCCUGUGCCGUCUGUUGCUGUGGACUACGGGUUUUUCAAUUGCAGAACAGUUGAAGAGAAAUUCUCUCUCAAAGGGUUGUAUAAAGAACUCCUUCAGUCAUCAUGGGUCGACCCCAUGGAUUUGCAUGCAGCUUGUAUCAAGGGACAAUUGUACGAAUUCGUUCAUGGCCAUAAACCGAACCUUGAACAGAGGUUCAAGAGGCUAAUGACCAACAUUUACCCGUGGUAG